GUUAGCCUUCUUCUUGAAAGUUUCAUCUGAGUGUUUUUUUUUUGGUCUUUUUAAGUCUCUUGAAUUGUUUGGUUCGGUUCGGUUCGGUUUGGUCGGGACUUGAUUGAAUUGUUCGGUUGAUUGUUCUUUUGUUGUUCUUUUGGGGAAGGAGAGAAAGAGAGAGAGAGAGAAGCAGAUCCGUUAAUGGAGAAAUGGCAGAGCUUGAUUCAGUAAACGAAGCCAAGGACAAGGAGAAGAAGAAGAAGCUAUGGAAAGCUGCUUUCGCUAUCUCUGGUAUUAUGAUCACUCUCGUCAUCUAUGGUCUUCUUCAGGAAAAGAUCAUGAGAGUGCCUUAUGGAUUGAAAAAAGAGUACUUUAAACACUCUUUGUUUCUUGUCUUCUGUAAUCGGCUCACUACAUCAGCUGUUUCUGCUGCUGCUUUACUGGCGAGCAAGAAAGUUUUGGAUCCUGUAGCUCCGCUUUAUAAAUAUUGUCUCAUUUCAGUAACUAACAUCUUAACCACAACAUGUCAGUAUGAGGCCCUCAAGUAUGUGAGUUUCCCUGUACAAACUUUGGCUAAAUGUGCCAAGAUGAUACCUGUAAUGGUUUGGGGAACUCUCAUCAUGCAGAAAAGGUACAGGGGAUUUGACUAUUUUGUGGCUUUCCUCGUUACCCUUGGUUGCUCUGUGUUUAUUCUUUUUCCGGCAGGAGAUGAUAUUAGUCCGUACAACAAGGGAAGAGAAAACACUGUGUGGGGUGUAUCCCUUAUGGUUGGUUAUCUUGGGUUUGAUGGCUUUACAAGCACAUUCCAAGACAAACUCUUCAAAGGUUAUAAUAUGGAAAUACAUAACCAGAUAUUCUACACAACAAUUUGUUCAUCCAUUCUCAGUUUCACUGGCCUUAUACUGCAAGGGAAUUUACUCCCAGCUGUGGACUUUGUUUCUCGGCAUAGAGAUUGUCUAUUUGACAUUGCUUUGCUUUCCACCGUGGCAACAGCCAGCCAAUUUUUCAUUUCUUACACUAUUAGGACAUUUGGUGCUCUAACGUUUGCUGCCAUAAUGACUACAAGACAGCUUGUGAGCAUCAUGCUCUCCUGCAUCUGGUUCUCACAUCCGCUUAGCUGGGAGCAGUGUAUUGGAUCUGUAAUUGUGUUUGGAUCUCUAUAUGCUAAAAACUUGGUGAAGAAGAGAUCAGAAAAGCCGCAGGCAGCUCAAGAAACUCCACCGGAUGAAGAGGCUCAACCUCUGAAGGGAAACCCUUAAAGCACAGCGAGAGUUUUUUUCUUCGCUGAUGCUUAAACGUACAGUUACCCACCAAAUUGAAAGGAUCCCUCUAACUUUGAGGCAUCUAACUAACAAAACCAAGCGGUUGAGAUGGACUCAAUUGUUUUUGUUUUUGUCAAGAAGAAGAAGUCAUAGAUCACAUAUGACGAGUAUUUAUAGAGCCUAAUGUAUGCAACUCUAGUUUCUUGUUUCCGUUUUCUACCUUUUGUUUGUGCAAGCAAAACUUUUAACUGUUUAUUGUAGAGUGGCUAAAAAAAUUGUGUAAAAUUGUAGGAUUUUGGUAUCAUAUGAAAACUAGAUGUCUGACUAUCA